AUGCUUUUGAAUCUAGUGGAGUGUCCCUUGGAUCUCUCUCUUUGUUUCAAGUGUGGGCCUCAGAGUUGUAACUUUCAGUUCCUGGGUACAAAAAAUAUCAAAAAUAUACCCACUGAUUUGGCAACAGUAAAUCAAGACAUGGACAAGGAGAAAAGCAACACAAAAUCAAGACUUCUAAAAUACGAAGAGCAAGAGUAUGAAGCUGUCAUACCAUCGGAAAGUGAACCAGCUAAACUAGCAGAAAAAGAAACCUUGAAACAUAAAACAUUUAGAACGUUUUCUGUACCCUUGAAGUCAGAGGAAACAGAAGAUUACUUUCAAAAAAGUAGAAUUCAACAAGAAUCUUCAAAACCAGUUUCUCAUAAGAAGGAAGAGAAACCAAAGGGAAAAAAGGAUCAAACUCAUGGUUGUCCAGAAUUUAAGAAAAAAAGGCUUGUGUCAUAUGAUAGAAUAGAACCAGAGGAUGAUGAUGUGACAAGACAUAUUAUUAGACUAAGAGAAAAGUUUGGUUGGCAGACAAUGUUACCACAGCACUAUUUGGAGUACAGAAGCUUCAAAAUUGCAAUUCAGAAGAUUAUUCUAAAGGAACCUUUAAAAGAUGAUGGAGAAUUUAUAUAUUGCCUUCCUCGGAAAAAAAGUCAAGUUCUCUAUAAUCCAUAUGAUCUUCAGGUGGUCUCUGCCCACAGAGCUAGACAUUGCAAAGAAUUUUGGGUUGUUACUGCAUCAUUUAUGUCAAAGGUUACUAAAAUAGGUGAUGUAGAAGAAAUAGAACUCAUACCUACCUUGGAAUGGCUUUUAGAAAGAACAUGUUACUCUUUAUUACAGCAAUUCAGGAUAUUUUCCAAUUUUCGAAUUAAUAAAUUAUUCGUUACUUGGAAAUUGAAUGUUAGAAGAAUUAAGACAGAUAAUAGCAGGUCAUUUUUGUACCACCAUCUUUUUUGGGCCGAUGAGUUAUUUCAAGGCUGUUUGCUUUAUAUAAAGGGACUUUGUGAAGAUGCAGUUGAUAUCAAAAAAGGUUAUGAACACGAAGAUCAUCCAUCUGCCAUAUGCCUCAUUACGCUGAACAGGUCUCGAACAUAUUCUCUAGAUGAAUUUUAUAAAGAACAGUUACAGCAAGCUACCCAGGCACAGAAGCAACUUGAGGAUAUCAGAGAUAAAGCUAUUUCUGAAAUCAAAAGUACAAUUUUAAAGGUGGCAGAAAAGAAAGAAAUUAAAGAAUAUUUUGAGUCAAACUUCUCUGAAGAUGACACAACACAUUUCAAGCUGCCUAAAUAUCGACGUUUAUUAGAAACAAUUUUGAAGUUUCUGAUGUUGGUUGACUACAUAUUUCAAGAACUCAUCCGUCAACUAAUGAACACUGCAAUCACACUACUUUUUGAAUUAUUUAAUAAUUCUGCUAGAAUGCCAUUUUCAAUGGAAAAAAGGAAUGAAGAUCUCAUUAAAAUAUACAAGGACAUCUUUGCUUUCACUGGAAAGAUAACAAAUGAUUGUGAAGGAUUUGUUGAUAAUUCAAACUUACAUGCCACUUCUGUUUUAAAGUCAGAAGUAAAAACGGAAGCAGAUGUUAAUGAGAUUUUAAAUAGUAUUAAAGUGGAUGAAGAUUUGAGAAAAAUCUAUGCACCGAUAUUUGAAGUAACUGUACACUUAAGUGUACCUGAAGAGAGUGACUCUUCAGGAAAUUCCACAGAGAAAUUUGAUGAGUCUGACAAGUCCUCUGAAGAAUCUGAGGUGUGUGAAGAUGAGGCAUCAACAAAUGAAGUCAGUUGUGUCAUAAAACACUCAGGUGAAGAACUGCUCCCAAUAAUGAAGAAACAAAAAAAAACAUUUUACAACUUAGAAGGAAUUCUUUCAGAUACAGAAAUCAUGGCUGAGUUUGAGAAUAAAUACAUGUAUGAUGAAUUUUCAGAAUUUGCUGCAAAUCUCUUCUUAGCUCCCAACAGAUUAGAGUUUUCAAUAAAAAUUCAAAAUAUGGUGGCUGACAUUGAAAAAUGUAUAACCAAGAUUAUUCCCCUUUGCCAAGAUCCUCGCCUGUCUCUCUUUACUGAAUCAGUUUUAGUUACGGAUUUACCUAAUAAGGCUGAAAGUGGAAUUGCCUAUAAGAAGCUAGCCAGAUGGCCAGAUUGUCAGAUACUUUUUGAAAUGGAUCCUACCUACCAAAAUCAAAUUGCCAAUCUCCUGACUGUUGUUGGUAAUUCCAUGGGCCUAGUUAAUGUUUAUAUCUCUAAGUUUAUAAAAUAUUGUUCCAUGGUACAGAAGGCCAAAGCCAUGAGUAUGAAACUGUCAUCGACAGAAGAAUUAACUUCAACACAGUUUAAAACUAUCCUGGCUAAAUUCAGAAACUAUCUUCAACAUAUUGUUAGUAUGACUAUUGAGAAACGCAUUGGUAUUUUCAAUGUUUUAAGUCUUAAUUAUCAGUCAGAAUGCUUACCAUAUGUUGAGAAUGUCAUACAUCUGAGCCACGAUCUCUUGCGAUCUGUAAUUGAAAGAAAGAAUAUAAAUCUACUGGAAGUAAUGGAAUCCUCUCUGAGAAAGCUGGAAUCUGAUCCCACUGAAAUAGAAGAAUUUGUGGAACAUUUUACUUUUUUGGAUGCAAUUUCCUCAAAAAUACCUGUAUUAGAAAAAGAGUACUCCACAAUUGCUCAGCUGUAUUCCAUUGUACGCUAUUACCAGAUCCAGAUUUCUGAAGAGCAAAUUGCCAUAUAUAAAAUUAUUCUUAUCAGGUUUGGGCAACUAAAAACUUCUAUGAAGUUAAGUGAAAUAAAUAAAGACGCAUCUAUUUCUAGAUUCAGAGACAAUUUGGAAGCACACAUCACUGGUCUGCGAGUUGACCUCAGCAACCUAAAGGCCAAGAUAAGAACUCCCAUUCUGUUGUGUGCUGGCACCCGUGUGGACACAGCCAUGGAGUUGAUGCGGACUCUCACGGAGGAAACUGCUAGUUUAGCUCAUAAGGCUAAGAUGUACUCCAGCUACCAGAACUGCUUUGAGGAGAUCCAGCCUCACAUGCACUCUCUACACACGGAAGAGAUCACACAGCUUGUCCUUGGGGAGGUUUCGGACAUUGAAUACGACCUAACCCUGAGGAAGCUAUUGUGGGAGGCCCAGGAGGAAUGGAGGACACUGUUCUGGGAAUGGAGGAACGCUACUCUUCACAGCAUUGAUAUAGAAUCAGUACAGAGAAGUGUCUCAAAAUGGAUGCACAAAAUCACUGUCCUAGAAAAAGGUUUACCUAAAAAUGACAUAGUCACCCAUCUUAAGCAAUCAGUGACAGAAUUUAAGCAAGAACUGCCUAUUCUCAUGGCUCUGGGAAACCCCUGUCUCAAGCCAAGGCACUGGGAGGCUCUCCAGGAGAUUAUUGGAAAGUCUGUUUCUCUUGAUAAAAACUGUACAGUAGAGAAUCUUCUAGCACUCAAGAUGUUUCAAUACGAAAAUGAAAUUAAUGAAAUCUCAACCUCUGCCACUAACGAAGCUGCUCUGGAGAAACUGCUAUUUAAGAUUAUUGACCAGUGGAAUACAACCCCGUUACACUUAGUUGUUCAUCAGUCAGACACGUUGUCCAUCCUGAUCAUUUCAUCCAUAGAUGACAUAUUAGCUCAGUUAGAAGAGUCGCAAAUGAUACUUACAACAGUUAAAGGAUCUUCGUCUCUUGGGCCCAUUAGGGAUCUUGUGGAUGAGUGGGAUCAGAAUUUGACUCUCUUCUCUUACACUCUUAAGGAAUGGAUGAAUUGUCAAAGAAAUUGGCUCUAUCUUGAACCAAUCUUUCAUUCAACCGAAAUACAAAGGCAGCUCCCAGCAGAAGCAAAACUCUUCUCUCAAGUGAUUUCCAUGUGGAGAGAAAUAAUGUUAAAAAUACAAAACAAACUGGAUGCUUUGCGAAUAACUACCUCUGCAGGAGUCCUCGAAAUUCUGCAAAAUUGCAAUACAUGUCUUGACUAUAUAAUGAAAAGUCUUGAGGACUACCUUGAAAUUAAAAGAAUGAUUUUCCCAAGAUUUUACUUUCUUAGCAACGCUGAACUCCUUGAUAUUCUAGCUGACAGCAGAAAUCCUGGGUCUCUACAGCCUCAUCUUGUGAAGUGUUUUGAAAAUAUAAAACAGUUAUUGAUUUGGAAACAAGAAAUUGGCCCUCCUGCUGUGAUAAUGCUCAUGUCUGCUGAAGGGGAAACUCUUCUGUUGCCCAAGAAAAUUCGUGUAAGAAGUGCUGUGGAACAGUGGUUGAUAAAUGUAGAGAAAAGCAUGUUUGAUGUACUGAAAAAAUUUGUAAGUCAAGGGGUUGAAGACUGGAGCUGCCAAACUUUUUCCGAGUGGGUGGUGUCUCAUCCAGGACAAGUGGUCCUCACAGUGAGCCAGAUCAUGUUUUAUAAUGAUUGCAUCAAAAGUUUUGUGAGUUCUCAUUCAAGAGCAGAGUUGGAAAAAGUCCAUGCUGGUAUGAUUGGUCACCUAGAGGAGACUGCAGCACUGGUGGUGCUGGAUACUAGUAACACUCGCACAAAAGCUGUACUGACAGCACUGCUUACGCUUUGCGUUCACUGCCGAGACAUAGCAAGAGAUUUACUGCUGAAAGGUGUCUCCGGUGUGGGAGAUUUUGAGUGGACAAGACAUUUGCAGUAUAAAUGGAAUGACAAGCAGAAGUUGUGCUAUGUGUCCCAAGGAGAUGCCAGCUUCACGUAUGGCUAUGAGUACUUGGGAUGUACUCCUCGGUUGGUUAUUACACCCCUCACUAACAGAUGCUGGCUCACCCUCACGGGAGCUCUGCUCUUGAAUCUUGGAGGCUGCCCCACUGGCCCCGCUGGCAUGGGCAAAACAGAGACUGUCAAAGAUCUAGCCAAAUCCUUAGGCAAACAUUGUGUGGUCUUCAACUGUUUUGAGGAUUUGGAUUAUAAGAUAAUGGGAAAAUUCUUCUUUGGAGUGGUCCAGUCGGGAGCAUGGUGCUGUUUCAGUGAGUUCAAUCGGAUUGACGUGCAAGUCCUCUCCGUGAUUGCGUCGCAGAUACUAACAAUCAAGGUCGCAAAAGACAGCUAUUCUGUCAGGUUUGUACUGGAAGGAAAAGAAAUUCGUAUCAAUAUGUCUUGUGCAAUAUUUGUUACUAUGAACCCUGGGUACAAAGGUCAAGUAGAACUCCCAGAUAACUUAAAAUCUCUGUUUCGCCCAGUGGCAAUGAUGGCUCCCCAUUAUCAAAUGAUUACUGAAAUAAUUCUGUUUUCAUUUGGUUUCAAAUCGGCAAAAUCACUCUCUGGAAAGCUAGUUAACAUUUAUGAAUUAGCUAGCAAACAGCUCUCACAACAGGCUCAUUAUGAUUUUGGCUUGAGGUCUCUGAAGACAGUUUUAAUAGUGGCUGGAAAGAAGAAACAGGAGUUUAAGUGUAACACCGAUGACCAUCUUUCUGAAACAGAUGAGACUCUGAUCAUUAUUGAGGCUAUAAGAGAAGCUAGUCUGCCAAAAUUUCUCCCUAAAGAUGCCCCACAUUUUGAAAAGAUUAUACGAGAUUUUUUUCCUGGAGCAACAGUUUCAACAGCAAAUCAAAUUGCCUUGGAGAAAGCAAUAUUUAUUGCAACACAACAGUUGGGCUUACAACAAUGGCCAGCUCAGAAAAAGAAAAUCAUACAGUUUUAUAAUCAACUGCAGACUUGUGUUGGUGUGAUGUUAGUAGGCCCAACAGGUGGAGGAAAGACAACAGUCAGAAGAAUUUUAGAAAGAGCAUUAACACUAUCACCAGUUGAAGACCUCCUGUCAGUUACAGAAAGGGAAUCUAUUUCACAGAUUUCAGGAAGAAAAGGAAAAGUAGAUAUUUGUGUUUUAAAUCCAAAGUGUAUCACUGUUAGUGAACUAUAUGGACAACUGGAUCCUAAUACUAUGGAAUGGACUGAUGGAUUAUUAUCAACAGCAGUUCGGAAUUAUGUAUAUUUUAACAAUGCAAGGAUCUUAAAGAAAGACAGUGAUUUCGGAUUGAAAUCAAGAAUCUCAGAUGCAUCUAAUGUCUUCAAACUUGAUUCCUCUGAUGCAGCAGAUACUGACAUUCAUGUGUUUGAGAAGGAGGUGGGGAAAGAUGUCAACAUUCCAGAAGAGCAUAACUAUGAGUGGCAGUGGAUUAUUUUAGAUGGUCCAGUGGAUACCUUCUGGGUGGAAAAUCUAAACUCCAUGCUGGAUGAUACUAGAACAUUGUGCCUAGCAAACAGUGAGCGAAUAACCUUAACUAAUAAAAUACGAGUGAUUUUUGAGGUAGACAGUCUUUCUCAGGCCAGUCCUGCUACUGUCAGCCGAUGUGCAAUGGUCUAUAUGGAUCCUGUUGAUCUGGGAUGGGAGCCUUAUGUUAAGUCAUGGCUUUUGAAAACUUCAGAAAUUAUGAAUCAAACAGGAGUGGGUUGUCUUGAAUUCAUGUUUAAAAAUAGUGUCACAGAUGGACUACAGUUUAUAAAGAAGCAUAAGAAAUAUCAGCCAUUUCCUGUCCAAGAUAUAACGACUGUUAUAACUCUGUGCAGAAUUCUUGAUGCUUUCUUUGACUUCAUGAGUAAAAAUGGAGGCUUUGGAAAAUGUGAAGAUUUGAAGGACAUUCCAACCGAGAAGACACAUUCUUCAUAUUCAAAAGUUUCUGUCAAGUUCAAGAAUACAAAAAAGAGAGCUGAAAAUACAUGGUAUCUGGAGAAGAAUCCUGAUAAAUUAAAAAUAAUGAUUCAAAAGCUCUUCGUAUUUGCAUUUACAUGGGCAUUUGGAGGAACUUUAAUGCGUGAGGAUGAGCAUGAAGAUGACACAGUACUUUAUUCAAGCCAUGAGUCUAGUUCGCCUGCCAAAGUGACCUAUGAUUUUGACAAUCUUGUGCAUGAAUUAUUUGAAAGCAAUCCACAAGUAGGUGUCAGUCUACCAACUGGUAAGCGUUCUAUCUUUGGCUAUUUUGUGGAUUUACAGCAAUGCGAAUUCAUACCAUGGUCAGAAUUACUUCCUAGUAUUCAGACACUAAUUCAAAAAGGAACUUCAAUUCUAGCGGACCCUGAAGGAUCCAGUGAAAAUCUCUUGAAGAUGAGAGAGUAUGGAGAGAACAUCAGUCACAUCGCCACCAGGGACACGGUGUCCCUUUCUUUCCUCAUAAGCUUUCUAUUAAAGAAUUUCUGCCCUGUGCUUCUCACAGGAGACCCUGCUGUUGGGAAAACCGCUGCCAUUAAUGAAAUCCUUGAGAAGUUGGAGUGUCCUGGAGCACUGGAUGUGAAAUAUGGCUCAAUCUUAGGAGAUGUCCUACUGUAUAAUGAAAUUAAAAACUCAAGGUUCCUGAAGCAGAAUAUCAGCAUCUUGCUUUCUGAAACUCACAAGACAGCAGCCGGGAGUCUAGAUAAGCCUAUUAAAAAGCCAGAAGUCAUAAUUGAUGAAAGUUCAUUUAAAAAUGAUAAUAAAGGAAUUAUAGUCUCAACAAUAAAUUUUAGCAUCAGUAUCACAGCUGCCCAAGCCAAGGAGAUGAUUCUCAAGAAGUUAGUACGAAGAACCAAAGACACUCUUGGAGCACCAAAGAGCAGCAGGAUUGUAGUAUUCAUCGAUGAUCUGAAUGUGCCAGAAUCAGAUACAUAUGGAACACAGCCACCCCUGGAAUUAAUCAGGCAGUUACUAGAUAUGGGAGGGCUUUAUGAUACUGAGAAGAAUGCUUGGAAGAACAUUCAAGAUCUUUCCCUAGUGGCGGCCUGUGUCCCUGCAGCAGUCAGGAGGCACAUCAGCCCACGUCUCCUCAAGCACUUCUCCAUCCUGGUGCUGCCUCAUCCUUCACAGGGCUCCCUGCAUGCGAUUUUUCAGGCUCAUUUGGGAAUAUAUUUCUCCCUCAGUAACUUCACAUCUGUUGUUCAGAAAAGUAAGGAUCAAAUAAUAUCUUGUUCUCUCGCUGUAUACUACCAAGUAUGUCAGAAUAUGUUGCCAACUCCAGCAAAAUGCCACUACAUGUUUAAUCUUCGAGAUAUGUUUAAGCUUCUUCUAGGAUUGCUGCAAGCUGACAAAACUGUUAUUACCUCCAAAGAGAUGUUGGCUCUAUUCUUCGUUCAUGAAGCCACACGAGUGUUUCACGAUCGCCUAAUGGAAUAUACAGAAAAACGGCUUUUCUAUCAAUUUCUUUCAAAGGAACUUGAGAAUUAUUUUCAGAUCCAGUGGACCAAAGAAAAACUGAUGAAUGACUCAAUUGUAUUUGUGGAUUUCUUGGAUAUAAACAAGGCUCAUAGGAAAAAGAUCUAUCAAAAUACUAAUGACUAUAAUAAACUUGCCAGUGUACUGAAUGAAUUCCAAAUGAAGUUAAGUUCAGCAUCUUUGGAGAUUUUUCAUUCCAUGGUGUUCUUCAAGGAAGCCAUAGAACACAUCGCAAGAGCUUCCAGGGUCCUUCGACAACCAGGGAGUCACAUGUUACUGAUUGGAAUAGACGGCUGUGGGAAGGAGACCUGUGCCACCCUGGCCUGUUAUUUAACAGAAUGCAAACUCUACCGAGUGCCCACAUCCCACAAUUUUGCCUACAUAGAAUUCAAAGAAGAUUUUAAAAGGGGCUUCAUUCAAGCAGGAUUAGAAGGGAACCCCACUGCUCUGAUAGUUGCUAACUUAAACCCAAAGCAGGAGGCGUUUUUGGAAGAUUUGAACAACAUUCUCAAUAUGAGGAAAGUACUUGACCUGUUUGAAAAUGAGGAGCUGGAUUCCAUUGUGCUAAGGAUGAGAUCUUUUGUUGAACAGUCUGGUUAUAUUGAUAAUAGGCAGUCUUUACUUGCAUUCUUCCAAAAGAGGAUAUAUAAAAAUCUUCAUAUUUUUAUGACCAUGAGUCCCACAGGACCUCACUUCCGCCAACAUUGUAGAGCAUAUCCUUCUAUGAUCACCAUCUGCACAAUUGACUGGUAUGAGAAGUGGCCAGAUGAAGCUCUCCUUGUUGUAGCCAAUUCUUUCUUAAGAGAAAAGGUGGAUUUACAGAACAGAGAGAACUUAAAAGAAAAACUUGCCCCAACAUGUGUCCAGAUCCACAGAAGUAUAAAAGACUUGAACACAAUAUACUUCCAAAAAACUGGAAGGCAUUAUUAUGUCACUCCCAGUAGCUACUUGCGGUUCAUGGAUACCUUUGCUCACAUUUUGAGGUCACGGGAGAAGGGAAUGCAAACAAAGAGGAAUCGUUUUUAUAUGGGUCUAUCCAAGAUCCUGGAAGCAACCACUCUAGUUACAGAUAUGCAAGAGGAGCUCUUGGUCCUUGGCCCACAAAUAGAACAAAAAACAAAGGAAAAGGAAGCACUCAUGGAAAAGCUGCAGAAAGAUUCACAAGUAGUGGAGAAAGUCCAGGUGCUUGUUAAACAGGAUGAAGAAAUUAUGGCUGAAGAAGUAAGAAUUGUAGAAGAUUAUGCUCAGGAAACUGCCCAUGAAGUAAAAAGUGUGCUGCCAGCUCUCGACAAGGCGAUCGUGGCUCUGAGCGCCCUGGAUAAAGCCGAUGUCGCUGAGCUGAGAGUGUAUACACAGCCUCCCUUUCUCGUGCUGACAGUCAUGAAUGCAGUAUGCAUUCUUCUGCAGAAGAAACCUAACUGGACGUCAGCAAAAUUGCUUCUUUCGGAAACUGGUUUCCUGAAAAGACUGAUUAACCUUGACAAGGACAGCAUACCGGAGAAGGUUUUCAUGAAGCUGAAAAAAAUUUUAAUCUUACCUGAUUUCAACCCAAACAAGAUUGCUCUCGUGUCUGUUGCCUGUUGCUCUAUGUGCCAGUGGGUUAUAGCUUUGAAUAACUACCAUGAAGUGCAGAAGGUGGUGGGCCCUAAGCAAAUGCAAGUAGCUGAAGCUCAGAAUGUCCUCAAAAUUGCACGGCAAAGGCUGGCCGAGAAACAAAGAGGUUUGCAGCUGAUUGAAGAGCAUCUGCUGUUUUUGCAGGCAGCCUACAAAGAUAUAGUUGCUGAAAAACAACUCUUGGCAAACAGAAGAAAACUGGCCACCAAGCGCUUGCAGUGUGCAUCUGUCUUACUGACUGCUCUGAAGGAUGAGAAGACUCGAUGGCAAGAAACAAUCAAUCAAAUAGACAAGAAGUUGGAAGGAAUUUUGGGCGACACACUUAUUUCAGCAGCAUGCAUUGUCUACAGUGGAGUGUUAACAGCAGAAUUUCGCCAGCUAAUUGUGAACAAAUGGGAGAGCCUUUGCACUAAAAACAACAUUUCUUUGUCCCCUAACUUUUCCUUAAUUGAAGUCAUGGCACAAAAACAUGAGAUUGGCCGAUGGCACUCUCAGGGACUCCCCCUUGGGCAGUAUUCGACAGAGAACGCCAUCCUGAUCAAGAAUGGCCUGCAGUGGCCACUGCUGAUUGACCCCCACAAGCAGGCACACAACUGGAUCCGGCAGAUGGAAGGGGCCAGGCUGCAGGAGCUCUCCAUCAAAGACAGCAGUUACAUCCAAAAAAUUGAAAAUGCUAUGAAAAUAGGAGGGAGUGUCCUCUUGCAGAAUCUCCCUGAAACAUUAGCUCCAAGUUUGAAGGCAAUUUUGAAGAAGGAUAUCCAUCAGAAAAGAGGACAAUAUUUCAUAAGGGUUGAUGAUUCUGAGAUUGAAUACAAUCCCAGAUUUAGGUUAUACGUUGCUACAGAAAUAGACAACCCUCAUUUUCCUCCCUCAGUUUACAAUUUCGUUACUAUGAUCAACUUCACGGUAACAUUCCAGGGUUUGCAGGAUCAACUCUUAUCUACCGUGUUAACCCAUGAAGCCCCUUACUUAGAAAAUCAACGUUUCCAGUUAUUGGAGAGCAUUUCCCUUGAUGCUGUGACCCUUGAAGAACUAGAGGAAAAAAUGUUAAAUGUUCUGCAGAAUGCACAAGAAUGUGUCUUAGAUGAUGAGGAAAUCGUAGACAUCCUAAGAAAAUCCAAAAUGACUUCAAAUGAAAUUUCACAGCGCAUCAAAGCCACAGAAAAAAUGGAAAGUGAAAUCCAAGAGACUCGUACAAACUAUCUCCCCAUUGCAACUCGAGGCUCCCUGCUCUACUUUCUCGUGGCAGGGCUUGCCCAGGUCAACUGCAUGUACCAGUUCUCCCUAGACUGGUUUCGACAGGCCUUCGUUCUGUCAGUAGUCUCCGGAAGCAAAGAACAAGAGAAACCCAGCUCGAAAUGGGAUAAAAUGUCUCUGAAAAAAAUUCAUAAUAUUACAAACCUCUCAAAAGAACCAAAGUUAGAAAGUGAGAAAAAUCUCUUAGAGAGACAUCUUAAAAAUUCAAUAGAUGGGUUAACAAGAAAUAUUUUUAAGGUGGUCUCUUCAGCUCUAUUUAACCAACAUAAACUGUGCUUCUCCUUCCGGCUUUGCACCACAAUCAUGCAAAAUAAUGCUCAUGGAAGUUUACUGCAGGAUGACAUUGGGUCCCUACCAGAUGAAGAAUGGGACAUCUUCCUACAUUCUGCCAUGUUGAUAAAUAUUAAAGCUGUGAUGCCCCAGGCUAGACUUAAUAGUAUCUAUGAGACCUGCAGAAAUCGACAUCUUCAGUGGUUGUCGGAAUCCAGGUGGAAGCAGUGCCAGUAUGUCAGCAGUGAGCUGGAGCCCUUCUCUCUCCUGUGCAAAUCCCUUCUGUCUAAUGUGCCCCAGUGGGAUGCUUUCAUAAACAGUAAGGCUGCAUAUUGCCUGAUGAGUGUACCUUUCUGUUCAGAAGAUGCUUCAUUGGAGAAACGUAAGUAAUCACCAAUGAGAACUGAACUUCUGGAUGAAAAUGAAGACAUGUGUAGUCCUGUGAAUUUCCCCUGGGAGAAACUCACUCCAUUUCAGAGACUUAUUUUGAUAAAAAUCCUUCGACCAGAGCAUUUAAAGAAUUCAGUGAAAAGGUUUAUAACUGAAAAAAUGGGAAAUGACUAUGUCUUGAGAAUGGGAUUGAAUCUGAAAGAGCCCUACAAGGAGUCCACAGCCAUAACUCCACUGAUACUUACUCACACCCAUGGGAUCGACCCCACCAACACUGUCCUGAAGUUUGCACAAGAGUUAAAAGGAGGAACAAGUCAUGUGACCAUGAUUUCCCUGGGCCCCGGCCAAGCCGCUAAGGCAGAGGAGCUCAUCAUGAAGGCCCUCCCCAGAGCCGCUCAAUGGGUCUUCCUCCUGAACUGUCACCUCGCAGCAUCGUUUAUGCCAAGGCUUUGUACUAUCAUUGAGUCAUUUAAUAGCCCAGAUGUGACAAUAGACCCUGAGUUCCGGCUGUGGUUGAGCUCAAAAUCAGACAGUUCUUUCCCAAUUCCUAUUCUUCAAAAGAGUUUGAAGAUCACAGUGGAAAAUCCCCCAGGACUGAAAAGUAAUUUACUUCAGACAUUUGGAUAUAGUGGGAGUGGAGAGGUAACAGAAGAGAUAUUUGAAAAACCUGACUGUGGACCGUGGUGGAAAAAACUUCUCUUCAGCCUGUGUUUUUUCAAUGCUCUGAUCAAUGAAAGAAAAAAUUAUGGAAUAUUGGGCUGGAAUAUUGCUUAUAAAUUUAGUUCUUCAGACUUGGAGGUUGCCAUAAAGAUGUUGGAGAAUGCCCUGAGCACCCGGUCCAGUAUUUCGUGGCCAACCCUGCGCUACCUGUUUGGGGAGGUGAUUUACGGGGGCCGGGUGACUGACACCUGGGACCGGCGAUGUUUGAACACCCUUCUCUACAAAUAUUGUAAUCCUGACGUGCUGAGGGAUGACUUCAGUUUCUCCAGUGAUGAGAUACAUCAGCCAGUGCCCAAAUUUGGGAGCAUAAUGGACUGCAUACACACUAUCCAGUCCUUGCCUGACGACGACUCUCCUGAGCUCCUAGGACUGCACCCUGAGGCCAUAAGAGGCUGCAGGGAGAUCCAGGGCCAGAAAUUCAUCGACAGUCUCAUUGCCAUGCAACCAAGAAGUACCACUGCCAAACUCAUGAUCAGUCAUGAGCAGAGUAACGAUGAACUAGUAAUGGAAAUUUUAUCUGACAUGCUAAAGCGGCUGCCAGUGUCUGUGGAGAAAGAAGAAUAUGCUGGAACUCCCAGCACCUUGAAAUGCAUCAUGUCCAGCCCCAUUUGGGAAUCUCUUUAUAAGAGUAUCCAAGGCUAUGAUCCCCUUAUCCACUGCGUCUUGCUAACCUUUCUGAGCCAAGAAAUUGAACGAUUUGAUAAUUUGUUAUUUAUUGUGCAUACAUCUCUGAAAGGCCUUCAACUUGCAAUCAAAGGGGAGAUCAUUCUCACCCAGGAACUUGAGGAAAUCUACAGUUCUUUCCUUAAUACUCAAGUACCUAUGCUGUGGCAGAAACAUGCCUACAAGUCCUGUAAGUCCCUGAGUUCCUGGGUUAAUGAUCUCAUCCAACGACUGAAUUUCUUCAAUACUUGGGCCAAAAUGGCUUAUACUGCAAUACAUCAUCGGUAUAUGAGAUUUAUCACAGUCUCGAAUCUUUCUAUUCCAUCACCUGCCCAAAGCCCCAAAUAUCCCAAUGAUAAGAACAGUGAUUUCUUUGAAGGAUUUCCUGCAAGAUACUGGCUCCCAGCUUUCUUCUUUCCACAAGCCUUUCUUACUGCUGUGCUUCAAGACUAUGGAAAGUCCCAGGGAAUCUCUAUAGACGCCCUCACUUUUACCCACCAUGUGACCUCGGACACCACUGACAUCAAAGAUGAGGAGUUCUCCAUAAUCAUCCAGAAGAAACUCAACAUCGUCAGGAGAGCCUUUAAGGGCACGGACCGCACACACGUGGGAGUUCACAUUUUUGGCUUAUUCAUCGAGGGAGCCAGGUGGAAUCAUGAACAAAAUGCACUAGAAGACUCGCUGCCUCGUGAGCUAUGCUGCGAUUUUCCUGAAAUCUAUUUCUUGCCAACAAAGAUUUCUACUGAAAGAGCAAAUACUUCUGAGCAGAGAGAUUCAGAAUUCUACACAUUUGAAUGUCCAGUUUAUCAGACACCUGAGCGGUCAAGAAUUUUGACAACUACUGGCUUACCCUCGAACUUUCUAACAUCAGUGUAUUUAUCCACAAGGAGACCUCCUAGUCACUGGAUCACAAUGCAGGUUGCACUGCUCUGUGAGAAGAAUGAGAAAUAA